CGAAGGUAUAAAUUGAAGAGCGCUCCCGAGGAAGCUUAAGUUGUUUCUUUUGAAAAUAAACGUAGAUGUAGUCAUGAAGUUUUCGGCUUUUAUUGUAAUUUGUCCCUUAAUUUUGAAUAUAUCAGCUUUUAAGCAUAAAAAAAAUGUCGGACUAAAGUUCUCUGUCAGUGAUGACGUAACAACCCUCAAACAAAAAAUUCAAACUUUCACGGUAACUUCGAUGCAGACAACAUUGUCUAUUUUGAAUGAUUUACAAGAUAAAUCGGAUAACACUUUCAACGGAAUCAAGACGGAUACUCUAGAGCGUGCCAAUAACAUUCUUGCGAAUUUAGAUGAGCACUUCCGAAAAUAUUUUGAACUUUACACUCAUCAUAAAGACCUUCCGGCAUGUUCAUUUGAACCCUAUGGUGAUUUGAAGCAAAGUCUUGAAUUAUUUCGAGCUAAUAUUGUAGAAUGUCGGAAUAGUGCUCUCGACGAUAUUCUACUUAUCAAACAGGAGAUUGAAAUGAAUACGUUGGAAUUGAAAAAUGGUGUGAAAUUGGUAGUCGAAAGGAUGAAUCAGUGCGCACAUCCAUGGAAGGAAGAAGAAUCAAUUAAAUGCGCUAAGCGUUUGUCGCAUCAAAUAUGGAAAACUAUUAACGAUAUUCAAAAGAUCUCGAGAAAAGCUCUCGAGAAUAUUGUUAAUCGAAUAAAAGCAAUUAUUAAAGGCUACAAUAACUGUACAAGUCAAACUGUUCGUCAAGCACACCAGAAGGAGCUGCAAUUCAUAGGCAGCAUGGAAGCAUGUGUUGAUGGAAAUAUAUUGUCAGAAAUUCAACAAAAUUAAAUUAAUGUGAAUUUUUGUUUUGCAUAUAUAUUAGCUAUAAAUAAAUGUUUUUAGGAGCUUUGA